AUGGAUUCAAGCGUCAAUGAUAUGCAGCAGGCCACGGCCGAGCUCGCCAUUGCCCCUAAUGAUGCAAGUGAACUCGUCCCGUUACCCUUGAGCGUGCUUCGCCUUCAACACGAAAUCCGCUCCACGCGACCCCCAUCUGGUCUCGACAGUGGUGCUCUUCGAGUCCUUUUAUUCCAGUCUUCACUUUUGCUUUUGUACCCUCCUCAAGCUGCCAGUGCCCAGGCAUCUCCUCCCUCUGCCUCCGGAGUCCCACAGCCUGUGCCCAUCGAGGUAGAAGACCCGUUCGCCGUCAUAUCAAACAACAAGCUAGGAUUCAAGUACAAGUAUCCGCAAGCUGCUCCAACCCCGCCGGGCGAGGACGACGUAGUCUGGAAUAAAGUCUACACAGCUGCCGAUUCUCGCAUGUACAACAAGCAUCACAAGAGCGCAAACGAGUCCCGCAAAUAUCGCGAAUCAGGCGAGACGCGGCAUCUCGCGAUUGAAAUGCUCGCUAAUAACAAAGCAAAGCACGCUGCAGCUGUUGCUGCCGCCAAAGCAUCUGGCGUUCCCCUCUCCUCCGUCCGUUCAACUCCAAAAGCUUCCACAUCAACGAUGGCUUCGAAGAAGAAGGAGAUCAAGAAGGAGGCAUCCACGAGCUCCCGUGAUGGAACCCCUGGUGGCGACGUCAUACCCAUGAGCAUCUCCGAGAAGAUCAAGAGCGAAGGUCGCGCCCGCAAGGUUCCUCCUGCUCCACCGUCCUCCAGCCAAGGUACUCCAGCCCCUUCCUCCGCGCCUAAGCAAGGUACUCCGUCCGCAACUGUCAAGCAAGGCACCCCUUCCAGUGGACUGCAAAUGAAUAGUCCCGCUCCUGAGAAGGCCAGUACCGUUCUGCCGCCAAAGGUACAGAAGCCAGCCAAGAAAGGCACUGCGACAACUGUCAAGAAGCAGCACGCUAAGAAGUCUAAGUCUGAUGCAGAGAAAGCCGGCACACCGAACACCAAGAGCGCCAGUCAACCAUCCAGUCAAAUGAAUGCGACCGCGUCCGACUCCGAAAGCAACGAUGGUGGAGAAUACUGCAUUUGCCGUGGCCCGGAUGAUCAUCGUAUGAUGGUCUACUGUGACGGUGGUUGUGAGGACUGGUACCAUUGCUCCUGCGUCGGUAUCGACGAGGACGAUGCGAAAGAGCUGCUCGAUCGAUUCAUCUGCCCCAAGUGUCACAAGGAGGGUGAGCUUUUCACCACUUGGAAGCGUAUGUGUCGUUGCAACAAUGUCCCGACCAUCCAGUGUCGCAAGGCUGCUCGUGUUGCAAUGGAUCCUCCCAGCAAGUACUGCAGCGACGAGUGCGCCUAUCUCUUCUGGAAGUUUGUCUCGAGCAUGGUUCGCAAGGAUGACGCUCCCUCCAUUGGAGGUGCUUUGAAUUUCAGGGAGGUUGGCCAGCUCUUGAAGGAAGCCCCGACCGCGGAAGAAUUCCACAAGUUGGGCCAGAAGCCAAGACUCCCGGUCAAGGAAGGAGCUGACCUUACUCGCCCAGUUGGUCUCGAUUACCUCAACGACGAUGAGAAGAAGCAGAUCGAGGAGCUCAAGGAACAGAAGAAGACCCUCGAGGACCGUAUCAAGAUUUACCAAAAUCAACAAAAGCUCUUGAUCAUGGUGAACGACCGUUCUAAGAUCGCUGCCAAGGAACCCAACUUGGAGAUCAAAGAUUUCUGUGGCUUCGACAAUCGUCUCUCUAUGAACGAGGAAGAGUUCGAUGAUUGGUUCCACUCGGAGGAGGGCAAGCAGGCUUUCGCAACUGGCAGACUUGGUCCUCGCACCGCCGAGACGAAGGAGAUCGGUGCUUGCAUCCCUUAUCCUGGUCAAGUUAUUCCCGAACCCCCCAAGGUCUCCGCCGCCCUCGAUAAUAUGUGCCUCAAGCCAAAGCGACGCUGCAGGCACCAGAAUUGGCUCGCCAUUCAUGGUACUGACUUCGUUAAUAUGCAACAGAUCCUUAAGCAGGAGAUGAAGAAGUUGGCCGAAGCUGAAGAGGAGAUUAUCGAGGAUGCUGAGCUUCGUGAGGCUACGAAGACUUACUACGCUGAGAACGAGACCAUUCAGCUCUUUUGAGCAACGUGUUUCUUAUUUCAAUGGCGUUCAUGGUGACGUACUAUGCUUGAAAUGAGACCGUCCCGCUCUUCCGAGCGGUGAUGUUUCCUCAUUCAAGGCGGUCGCACCAGCAUGGUGGCGUUUUUUCCACGGCGCUUCAUUUGCAGCAUUUUCGGAUUGUCAAAUAAUGGGCGUGGAUAUUGCGAUAUGGCGUUCUACGGCUGGAGAUACCCCAACUGCAUGUAGAUGAGCGAUGCUAAUAUGAUGAUGCAUUCAUAGAUGUUUGUGCUUGGCAAUGUCACUUCCGCCUAGGAUGCAAUCAUGUCCCAAGUGAGAGACAGCAGAUUCUUCCCUCUAUUAUCAUUGGGUUGGGCCUCAAGUGCGACGAAACCAAUGAGCUUCCAGUUGCGGCUCUUGCCAUCUUUGGUGGCUUACCCAGCCACCACAACCCAUAAGGCUACCAUAAAAGAUUCCUUCC